AUGCCGGCAGAAGCUUUACUCACCUUCAAGGCGGGUAUCUGUGACCUCGAUACCUCCACUGGCGCUGUGAAGCCGAAGCCAACCCCCGGCUAUGUCUACCUCUACGUCGAAGAUGAGCUCGUCCACUUUUGUUGGCGCCCACGCAGCGCUCCAUUCGACGAGCCCGAGCUUGAUCUAGUGAUGAUCCCUUCAGACGGAAGCUUCACACCUUACAAGCCGGCUGGAAAAAACGCCACGAAUGGUCGUGUCUUCGUCUUGAAAUUCUCAUCUAGCUCUCAACGAUACCUUUUCUGGAUGCAAGCCCACACCCAACAUGAGGAUGGCGAUCUUAGCUGGUUCAGUCCUCGCGAUUUAAAGCUUGGAGAGAUAGUGGAUACCGUGUUGCAGGGCGAGGAAGUCGACAUCCCAGUAGAGGCCCGCUCCCUUCCUCCCCCAUAUGGUGGUGGUGAUGACGAUGAGACCAUGGAAGACGUGGAAGGCACCGACCAUGAUGCGGCCCGUCACCAUAGCACCGGUAGCGGCGGUGCUGGACCUGAUGCCACGGGCGGUGAUGUCCGCGAGGAAGGACAGGAAUCUCGAGAGGGUGGUGCCGAUGGUGGAAGAGCAGCAACCUCAGGCGAAGACCCAGCGUCAGUUGUCCAGGACUUCCUGAAGUCCCUGGGCGGCGGCCAACGCCAGAGCCAAUCUCAAGAUCCUGAACGACCAUCUACGACACUCCAAGACCUACUUACCCCUGCGACAACAUUGCAAUUCAUUGAUACUGCGGAUACCACCACAGCCGAUCACCUUCUGAGCUUUUUACCGCCCGCGCUGCUACUGCUGGCCCAGGGCAAUGCGGAGGCCGCGGAAGCUGACACAGACCCGGAACUUGCCCAAGCUGCUCUCCUAUCCCUCGACCUAUCACAAAAAAAGGAUAUUCUCCGAAAAGUCCUUCGUUCCCCUCAGUUCAUGCAGAGCUUGGCUAGUCUUACAGUGGCUCUCCGGGAUGGCGGGCUCCCCAGCAUUAGUGAAGCCUUGCAGAUUCCGGUAGCUAAUGGAGGAUUUAUGCGGAGAGGUGGAGUCCCCCUUGGUGGUGGCGAUGCGGUAGAUGCGUUCCUGGAUGGCGUUCGGCAACAUGUUAAGGAUAACGAUUCCCAGAUGGAUACUAACUAA